CCUCCCCGAAGGCGCACGUGUACCCCGCCCCAGCUGAUGGCCGCGAUGGCCUCCCUUCUGCCCAGGACCCACCGGGAUUUCAGUUCCAAGCAAUACUGGAACACCUUCUUCGCCCGCAGAGGAGCCAAGGCGUUCGAGUGGUAUGGCGAAUAUGCAGAGCUGUGCGGUCUCCUCCACAAGUACAUUCGGCCCAAGGACAAGAUAUUGGUCGCAGGAUGUGGAAAUUCUACGAUCAGUGCCGAUCUUUACAGAGUGGGAUAUAAGGACGUGGUAAAUGCCGACAUCAGCGAAAUCGUCAUAAGGCAAAUGCAGGAAAAGUACAAUCUCAGCUGCCCCGAGAUGAAAUGGGUUCAGAUGGAUCUCACAGCAUCAUCGUUUGAGGAUGGAGAGUUUUCGUGCGUGCUGGACAAGGGUACUUUGGAUGCCCUCAUGACAGAUUCCUCCCCCGAAGUCGUAGAAACGAUCAACAAGUAUUUCGCUGAGCUGGGAAGAAUCCUUCGAGUUGGUGGAAGAUACGUUUGCGUGACCCUCUUACAGGAACACAUCGUGGCCCACGUACUGGACUGGUUCCCAAAGAAUGGCUGGAUGGUGAGAGUCUGCAGGUGCGAAGAUGCUGAGAAAUCGCAGUCAGAUAACGGAAGUUUCUCGUUCCCAGUCUUCGUUGUAAUUUGCACAAAAUUUAAACAGAUGCCAAAUUUCAAACCAGUGGUUGAAAUUCAGUUCCAUGGCGAAGAGGUCAAGCGAGUAGAAACCACAGAUCAAGUAAUCCAGAACGUUGCAGAGUUGCAACAAUAUGCCCUCCUCCGUCAUAAUUUACAGUCUCAGCGUGUUGCAGGAGAGAACAUGACUGUGGAGCUCUGCGAUUCAAUAAACGGAGGAUGCAGAUACACUCUUCAUAUAGUUGACUCGCCCAAGAAAUCCAAUAGUCUUAAAUUUGCAGUGUUCAUUGUCCCACAUGGAAGAGAACAGGAAUGGAUGUUUGGGACUGCAAGUGGAAGAGAAAAGUUGGCAGAGAGUGCUGGUGCAUCACGGCUCAUAGUUGUUCACUUAGCCAGAGACCAGACGUACGACAACCUAAAGGCGAUACAAGAUGAACUUUCCGCAAAAGUUAUGGAGCUUGCUCCGUCAAAAUUACCAGCACAUACCAAGGUCCCUUUCCUGUCAGUGGGUGAAGAUCUAGGACACAGAGAAGAGCGCAUAAGAGGCCGCAGUCAGUUUUCUGGUGACUAUGUGGUCGAGGACGUCCAUCCCCCGGAAGCAGCUAAACUAAGACGACUCAUUUUCUUGGCCAACCAGAAUGUUAUACAGUCAGAAGCCAAAUUGUUGGUUGUUAAAGACAAAAAGAAGAAGAAGGAGAAAUUAACAAUAGACUAUUCUUACCUGUCGUGUGAGCAUCAUCUGGCCAUGGUUGGAGGUCUGGGCCUGAUUCCUUCCGGAGACGUCCUGCUGGUUGGUCUGGGUGGAGGACCCUUGGCCACGUAUAUCCACAAGUAUAUUCCCAAGGUAACGCUUACAGCUGUAGAACUUGACCCAUCGAUGGUGGAAGUUGCGAAAGAGUGGUUUGGUUUUGUGCCUGACUCUAGGCUGAAGGUGGAAGUUGGCAAUGGACUUGAUUACAUUGCCAGGAAGGCAGAAGAAGGUACAAAGUUUAGUGUAGUUCUCUUCGAUGUAGACUCCAAGGAUUCCAGUGUUGGCAUGAGUUGUCCUCCAAGAGAUUUUGUUGAAAGAUCAUUCUUGGAGAAGGUGGCAAGUUGCCUCACAGACAGAGGGCUGCUGAUUCUCAACCUGGUAUGCCGUGAUGAAAAAUUAAAAGCAGCGGUAAUUAGUGAUAUAAAAUCUCUGUUUCCAUCAGUCCUUUGUCAACAAAUCCCAGAGGAAGUAAACUGUGUCCUCUUCUGCUCUCUGUCUUCACAGCAGGCUAACUUGAAGUCAGAUUUUGAAAAAGGACUUAGAGAGAUUAACAAGUCUCUUAAGCAAUGUCAGAAAACUAAAGAGGAUGUCAUUAACACCUCUGAAGUUUGCCAGAACUUGAGUAUUUUGUAACACUUAAUUUUGAUUUAUAUAUGAAAGCAUAAAAGUAUAACAAUA